UCAUUCCUUUAUAAUUUUUUCUUUUUUGCAAAAAAUUCUGGUUGAUUUUACUUUAUAUUCCGAAAACCGGGAAAAAAUUCAUGGGAAACAUCGGAAGUAGCCGAGUGAAUGGCCGGAGAAGACACGGAAGCCGGCGGAACCACCCUCCGCCACUACCGCCGCCUCCUCCGGCUCGGCCGCAAACUGAAAUCCCCGCCAACCGCUAUGUCUUUGCCGCCGCAACCCCUUACCCGCCCCAAAAUCUGAACACCAACCCGCCCCAGUACUACCAGUACCCAGGGCAGCCGCCCGUGCCGUUGCCGCUUCCGGCGCCUUACGAUCAUCAUCACCACCACCACCGUUGGGGUGGGCCCCAUAUAGAACCCUCCAAUUGGGGUCGGUAUGCUUACCGACCGAUGAUUCCACCCCCGCCGGUGCCGUAUAUAGAGCAUCAGAAGGCGAUCACUAUAAAGAACGACGUUAAUUUGAAGAAGGAAACUUUGAAAUUCGAAGCCGAUGAGCUGAAUCCCGGCAAGUACUUGGUUUCUUUCACGUUUGAUGCCACUGUUGCUGGAAGGAUGACUGUUAUUUUCUUUGCAAAAGGAGGUGAAGACUGUAAUCUGACAGCAAUGAAGGAAAGUAUUCUACCCCCAGUGAUUUUACCAUUCGAAAAAGGUCUAGUACAGAAGUUUAGAUUGCCCCCUGGGACAGGGAUCGAUUUCUUUAUGUUCGAGGAGUCGGAACUUCUCAAACUAUUCGAAGUCGAUAUCUAUCAUCUGGCCGUGAAAGCCGAGGCAACGCCGCUCGGCGAGAACUUGUCAAACGGUAACCAAGAGUCGGGAGCCAUGAAUUCUCAGAUAACGCAGGCGGUGCUCGAGAAGGACAAGGGCGAAUACCAGACGAAAGUAGUGAAACGGAUCCUGUGAGUGAACGGGUUGAGGUAUGAGCUGCAAGAAAUAUACGGGAUCGGGAAUUCCGUCGACAACGAUGUCGAUGCAAACGAUAGUGGAAAAGAAUGCGUUAUUUGCCUCUCGGAGCCUCAGGACACGACCGUUCUUCCAUGCAGGCACAUGGUACUAUAAAAGUGAAAAUGAAAAAAAUGAAAAAAUUGAAUUAGUGCACGUACAAUAAUAAGGGUAAACUACA